AUGACUGCCGUCUCGGCCGUCGUCGUCAUCGUCAUCAUCAUCAUCAGGAUCAAACCCGAUGACCUCGGCGGUCUGCGCUUUCCGCGGCACAACAAGAUUCAGAUGAUGCGGAGGCGGCGGAGCAAGCACAGCUGGGAGAUGGGCCAAGACCAGCUCUCGGUCACCGACGCCGACGCCGAGCUCGCUACAGGCAGCGAGCGGGGCAACGAGGCGAACGACGGCGAGGCUGACGACGAGGCUGACGACGAGCCCGCGCUCAAGUUCCUCAUCGAGUGCGGUCGGCGUGCCGUGCGUGAGGGUCUCGGCCUCGGCCUCGGCUCGCCGGGCCUCGACGGCUGGCGGGCGGUGGCCAGGGUGGUGGCCAUGGCGGCGGCCAUGACGGCGGCCAUGGCGUUGGCCAGGGCGGCGAUGGUUGGUGCUCUGCUGCGCGUUGGAUCGAUUUUUGUGGGCGGAGCAGCGCGUCAGACGAGCGCCGUUGCUGGGCGCGGAGCGGCGGCUGCUGCUGCUGCGGCUUCUACUGCCGGAGGGCUUGCUGCCUCGAGUGGAGUGCGGAGUGUGCAUGUUCCGGCCAAGGAGUAUGAAAUUGUGGACCACAAGGUGGACGCUGUGGUGGUGGGUGCCGGUGGCGCGGGUCUCCGGGCUGCGGUGGGUCUCCAGGAGGCCGGCCUCAACACCCUCUGCGUCACGGCUCUCUUCCCGACGCGGAGCCACACGGUGGCUGCGCAGGGCGGAAUCAACGCCCCGCUGGGGUCGAUGCACGACGACGACCCGCGGUACCUGUUCUACGACACUGUCAAGGGCUCGGACUGGCUCGGCGACCAGGACGCCAUCUCGUACAUGGCCAACACGGCUGUGGACGCGGUCAUUGAGCUCGAGAACUACGGCGUGCCAUUCUCGCGGACUGCCGAGGGCAAGAUCUACCAGCGGCCGUUUGGCGGGCAGUCGCUGGAGUUUGGCAAGGGCGGACAGGCGCACCGGACGGCGUGUGCGGCUGACCGGACUGGGCAUGCCAUGCUCCACACCCUGUACGGUGCGGCGGUCAAGGCCGGCGUCGACUUUCACGUCGAGUCGUUUGCGCUGGACCUCAUUAUGGACGAUGCCGGCGAGCGGUGCCUUGGCCUGAUGACGAUGGACAUGGAGACCGGGGUCCUGCACCGGAUUUCGGCUGCGGCGACGGUCAUUGCGACGGGCGGGUACGGGCGUGCGUACGCGUCUUGCACCUCGGCGCACACCUGCACCGGCGACGGUGGCGCCAUGGUCUCGCGGGCCGGCCUCCCGCUCUCUGACGUCGAGUUUGUGCAGUUCCACCCGUCGGGCAUUGCCGGCGCCGGGUGCCUCAUCACGGAGGGUGCGCGCGGCGAGGGCGGCUACCUGCUCAACGCCGACGGCGAGCGGUUCAUGGAGCGGUACGCGCCGACGGCCAAGGAGCUUGCGUCGCGCGACGUUGUCUCGCGGGCGAUUACGGUCGAGAUUCUCGAGGGCCGCGGCUGCGGCCCGAACAAGGACUACGUCCACCUGCAGCUCUCGCACCUCCCGCCCGAGGUGCUCGCGGAGCGGCUGCCGGGCAUUUCCGAGACGGCGGCCAUCUUUGCCGGCGUUGACGUCAACCACGAGUCGAUUCCGAUUGUGCCGACCGUCCACUACAACAUGGGCGGCAUUCCGACGAACCACCGCGGCGAGGUGCUGACCAAGCGCGGCAACGACGACUCGGCGGUUGUGGGCGGCCUGUUUGCGGCCGGCGAGGCCGCGUGCGCCUCGGUUCACGGCGCCAACCGCCUCGGCGCUAACUCGCUCCUCGACCUCGUGGUCUUUGGCCGCUCGUGCGCACACCGCAUCGCCGAGAUUGUCAAGCCUGGCCAGGGCGGCCCGGCGUUCGAGUCGGACAAGGGCGACAAGGCCAUCGACUCGCUUCACGAGCUGCGCUACGCCAAGGGCGCAACGCCGACGUCGGCCAUCCGUGCCCAGAUGCAGAACACCAUGCAGAACCGCGCGGCCGUGUACCGGACGCAGGACUCGCUCGCCGCUGGCGUCGGCGAGAUGGCCGAGGCCUGGAACGCCUACAAGGACAUCGGCAUCACUGACCGCUCGCUUGUCUGGAACUCGGACCUCAUCGAAGCCCUUGAGCUCAAGAACCUGCUCACCUCGGCCGUCCAGACCAUCAACGCCGCCGAGAACCGGAAGGAGUCGCGUGGUGCCCACGCCCGCGACGACUUCCCAGACCGCGACGACGAGAACUGGAUGAAGCACACCCUCACCUGGAUCGACGAGGAUACCGGCAAGGUCUCCAUCGACUACCGCGCCGUGUCGGACAAGCCGCUCUACUCGGAGUUUGAGCCUGUCCCGCCCUCCAAGCGCGUCUACUAA